AUGGGUUUAUCACAUCAAAAACCAGUGGUUAGUCCUCACGAAAAUCGUAAACCAGCAAUCAUAUUCAUAACGGGACAAAGAUCUGCUGGCAAGUCAACAAUACUUAAUAUGACAAAAUUUGGCAAGUUUGACAGUACAAUAUUAACAAUUGGUAUCGAUAUGCAGAAAUUAGAUUUUGAUAAUAUUUCUCUGACAGUUCUGGAUGAAGGCGGACGGUCGAGAUCACGUGCUUCACGUUACAUUCACUAUCGUCGAAUGUCAGGAUUAAUUUUUGUUAUUGAUUCAACUGAUCGUGAGAGUAUCGAUGAAACAUGUAAAGAACUUUAUGCAAUAUCGAAUGAAGAAGAUCUCCGAAAUAAAUCUAUUCUUAUCUUUGCUAACAAACAAGAUUUACCCAAUGCCAUGACAUUUGAUGAAUUGUAUGAAAAACUUAAUUUGACAAAACUCAAUACCAAUAUCAAAUGGCAUCUACAAUUAUCCAGUGCAAUUCAAAAUCAAGGUCUUCAUGAAGGUUUUCAAUGGUUAGCAAAAUCUUUGCUCGAAAAUAUUGAUCCAAAACAAUCUGUUAAAGAUAUAACAAAACUAACAAAUAAUUUCACAUCUAAAUCGAAUCUUAUCAAUUUCAAUACAUUCUUACGUAAACUUAUUCAAUUUGAUUCUAAAUUUAUUCUUAGUCGUUUUGCAUAA